UUAAGAUAGACAAAUAUAUAGACUGGAUAUUAAUUGUUUUUUAAAGAUGUCAGAUCAGCUUAAUGAAGGGUUAAAGCCGCUCUCUGGUUUUGUUAUAUGUUGUACAUCAGUUCUGUCUGAAAUUAGAGUGGAAUUAGCUUUAAAAGUUAUGGGUUUAGGUGCAAUUUAUGUGCAAGAUUUAACAUCUCAAGUGACACACUUGAUUGCGGGUAAAUUAAAUACACAAAAGUACAAAUAUGUUGCAAUGUAUCGGGUAGAUGUGAAAAUUAUGCAUAUUGACUGGAUUUUUGAUAUAUAUAAACAAUGGUUGAAGGGAGAUGAUAUUGAUCUUUUGGAGUACGAAAAAAGAUAUAUUCUUCCUCCAUUUUAUAAUUUGUUAAUUUGUGUAACAAAUAUUCCUGUAGAACAGAAGGAAGAGAUAGAGCGAAAAGUUACAAGUUUGGGAGGAAAAUAUACGCCCGAUUUGACGAGAGAUACUACACAUUUAAUAACGGGUGAUCCAUCUGGAAAAAAGUAUGAAUUUGGUGUUAAAUGGGGGAUUAACAUUAUUACGCCGAAAUGGUUUUGGCAAAGUAUUGAACGAGGAGCCUGUCUGGAAGAGCGUUUAUUUGACGUUCAUAUGGCACCUAAUGAAGUUGGAAAAGGUGCAUGGUUCUCUGUGCAAGAAAAUGAAAAUGAUGAAGAUAAACAGAUAUCUUUGAAGAGGAAAAUUAAAAAAACCAAGCUUGAUAUUAGUCGUCAAGUCUGGGAUAAUAUAGUAAAUGAGGGUAGCCAAUUGGAAAGUAAUACUUUUAAAGAUAACAAUGAUUUUAUACCCAUUUAUACGACCCCAGAGACGGAAAGCAGUAAAGUGAAUGGGAUGUUUUGGGGUUUAUAUUUUUAUGCAUGGGCUUUUGAUGAUAGAAAGACAGGAAUUCUUCAAAACAUAAUUGAAUCACAUGAUGGUACAUGGUGUAAAACGCUUCAAGAUUUUCCUAAUGCAUCUGUUCAUAUAUAUAUAAUUGUUUCUCAUGACCUUCCAAAAUCUAAGUUUAUAGAUAUUCCCAGGGGAAUCUUUGUUACAGAAUGGUGGAUUGAAAGAUGUUUACACGACAAAAAAUUCAUCGAUCCAUCUGAACAUCUUCUUUGCUCUCCUUUACCUUGUAAUUUUCCAUUAGAAGAUAUGAAAGAUUUUUCAAUAUGUCUUACUGGAUUUUCUGGAAUAGAUUUGAUGCAUAUUAGUAAACUCAUUGUGUUAUUAGGUGCAAAUUAUUAUGAAAGUCUUAAUAAAAAAAGAAACUUACUUAUAUAUAAUAUUAAUUCAGAAAAAAGUAAAAAAUAUAUAAAGGCAAAAGACUGGAAUAUAAGAAUAGUAUCUCAAGAUUGGUUAUGGGAAGUUGUGAGACAAGGAAAAGUUAUUAAUUUUGAUGAAUGGGAAAAAAAAAAUGAAUUGAAAAAUCGAUUACAUGAAACCAUUAAUUAUGAUAAUCAUGAUGAUCAAUCCAAAAUAUUAGCUGGGUUUACCCUAUAUUUCUAUAGUGUAAAAGAAACGAAUGUUAAAAAUGAAAUGUUAAUUCUAGCGAGAAAAUUAGGCGCCAAAAUAUCUAGAAAAUUAGAUGAUUCUGUUACUCAUAUAAUUUGCGAUGAAUAUUUCUUAAAUAUAAAUGAACAAACAGAUAUUUUUAUUAAAAAAUAUAAAAUUGUCUCUUCUAUAUGGCUUUUAGAGUGUCAAAAACAUAUGAAAAAAUUAGAUGAACAUGAUUUUUCUAAUACACGUAAUAUUGAGAAAAAAAUUAAAGAAUUUGGCUAUGAAAAUUUGGCUAUUAUGGAAGGAAAAUACGAUGUCAACACUACAAAUAUUGAUUAUUUAGCUGAUUUAUUAAAAGAUGAUCCUUCUGAAAAAAGAAAAAAAGAAAAAAUUAAGGGAAGAUCAACUAGUUUAUCCAUUAUAUCUACAAAUACUCCUAUAAUUAAUACUACACAUAAAAUUAUUCCAUCUGAAUAUGUAAAAUACGAGGAUUUUGAUGCUUUAUAUGAAAAAAUGCAAGUACUCGAAAAACUUAAUAAAAUUUAAUUUUAUAAUUAUUCUAUUAAAACAUAUAAAUUUUUAUAAUUAAAA